CUUCCAGCGACCUACGCUUCCAUUUUCGAGCUCGUCGGCGCCAGAACCUCGCAGCCGAGAUUUUCGGAGCCCGCACAGCUUGCCACCUCCACCUUCUGCCACCCACUUCCCUGCUCACCUCCCUCGACGCCUCUCGCUCACGUUCCUCACAUCUCCUCGCCUGCAUCGCCGCCAUGGCCCCAUACCAUGCCCGACACCCCGACCGCGACACCGCACUCCGCACUCCGCACUUCGCCGCACGUGUCCACUCACGACAUGUGACAGGGCCAAGACAUGCUGGACAGGGAAGAAGGGGUAUGAGGUCUGAGGUCCGAGCACCCUCGCCCUCGUACAGCUUCUGAUCGGCCGCACCGCCCUCUGUGGGCGAUGACAUGUAACUGUCUUGUCGUUGUCGACUCUCCACUUCACUCGUGCUCGCAUCUUUCCUCUCUUACCCACUCCCUCGCACUUACACUAUCCUCUCCUCUCCUCUCCUCUCCUCUCCUCCUCCCCGCCACUUCGCUCUUCUUCCUUCCUCUUUCCUCCUCUCCACUCGUCUCCUCACUCCCCACAACAAUGCUACCAUCAACACUCAUCCUCGCCCUCCUCGCCUGCCCUGUCAUGGCUGCGCCCGCCGGUUCCUCUGGGCUCGUAGUGCGCCAGGCGACGGGCGACUCCGGGACAGGCGGGACAGGCGGAACAGGCGCCGGAGGCGGGGGCACGGGUACAGGCGAUGGCGGAGGGACGGGCGGCAACGGCGGGACAGGUGCUGGUGGCAAUACGGGUGGGACUGGCAACACAGGAGGAACGGGGACUGGCGGGACGGGCAACACUGGUGGAACUGGCACAGGCGGUACAGGCAACACUGGCGGAACUGGAAACACUGGUGGGACAGGCAACAGUGGCGGAACGGGCACUGGUGGCACUGGUAAUAGUGGCGGCACAGGCGGCAAUACGGGCACUACUGGCUCCGGCACAGGUUCGACCGGCAAUGGCCAGACGGGCAAUACUGGCAACACCGGCGGCACUGGCAACACAGGCAACACGGGCAACACGGGCAAUACUGGAUCGACGGGUAACACGGGCAACACCGGCUCCACAGGCAACACGGGGAGUACUGGCAACACGGGGAAUACUGGCAACACGGGGACAGGCUCGACGAACAACCCCCCCACCAGCGGCGACAAGCCCACGAGUACGAACCCCGAUACCAACCCAAACAACGAUAACAAAGACCAGCCGCAGCCCACGCCCACAGACACCGCCGAGGGGCCAUGGGACACGGCAGACCACACGCGCUACCCGAUGAACAUCACCUGGCCGCGCAAGGGAAAUUUCUGGUCGUUCAAGGCGACCGGCGCCAUUUGGUGGACGUACGAGGGGCCCAGAGACGACGAACUUCACUUCUUCCUUUGGAGCAACGACACGAAGAAGGUCAAGACGUUCCGCACCGGCGACCCCGGCGACGGCAGUCUGAUUCCCUUCGGCCGCCUGCGCACGCGCAAGGACACUAUCAUGGCCGACGAGGGCAACACGACAUUCUACCCCAUCGAAUAUUAUGACCCCGGCGAGGCGUGCAUCGAGUGCCACGGCGGGACGUUUUACCUUCAGAUCGCCGUGCCCGAGUACUGCCCCGACCGGCCGGGAUACAAUGCCUCGCGUGUGUGCAACUACACGAACGUGUUCACGUCCGACGAGUUCCAGCUCAACGACCACGGCCCGAACGACCCCGAGGUCGACAAGCUCAUCCGCCAGUACCGGUCCAAGGGGUGGAACGUGAGCUUUAUGAAAAACGCCGCGGCCGCCGUCGCCGCGAGCUGGCUGAUUGCCGCGGGCGCGGCGGCGGCGGCGGCUGUCGCUGUGGUGCUUUAGGGCAUGGCUUGAGGGAGGGUCUGUAGCAUUGUGUCAUUGCAUUAGAUCGAUUGAGAUGUGAGAUAGCAUCGGUGGCUCAGCGCCCCACCGU